CCCGCCCUGCUGCAUCGUACUCCCUCCUCCGUCCCUGUUGAGUUUCUCGGCGCUUCGUUUCUCCACCACCACCACUCGGCGAGCCAUGGACCCGAGGAGGCGUUCGCUGGCUAUACGAGUCCCCCCUGAAAGAAACCCUGCAAAACCCCACAAAUCCUGAUCGAUCCUUCCACUUCGAUCUCAUCCCCAAGCAGCAGCAUCCAUCCAUCCACCCAUGGCGCCCAAGCGGGUGCGCGUCGCCCGAUCGCCCUCGUUGCCUCUCCCUUCCAGCUCUUCCCCCUCCGGAGGCGACUCUCCGCAGAUCGACAAUGCGGCGGAGGUCGCCGCCUCCUGCUGCGGCCCAGCCCCCUCGACCGCCGACGCGCGCUGCCGAAUCGGGGGAGGAGGGCGGCGAUCCCGGCAAGGACGAGGUCGCCGCCCCGCCCAAGGGGGACUCCGCGCUGCCGCGGAGCGGCUCCGGCUUCGGCUCUGGCAAUGCCGCGGCGCCGGACGGCCCCGCCAAGUCGCCGAUGAAGCCCAAGAAGAGGGUGACGGCGCCGCCGUCGAGCGACCACGGCUCCAGAGAGAACCUCGCCGCCGGGUCGCCGUCGAACGAGGUGCCAACUCCGCAAGGAGAUGAUGCGGCGCAGGAGGACGAUCUCCCCGAGUCCCCUCCCAAGUCGAAGAAGAACCGCAAGAAGAAGAAGAAGGCCCUGCGAGCUGGCGACUCCGGCAAGGUCGCUGCUCCGGACGAUCCCGCUGAGCCUACGCGCCCCCAGCAAGAUGUGGGGGAGGUGGACGGCCGCUUGGCCGAGUCUGAGCAAGAGGUGCCACCCAACGCAGGGAAGGCAAAGAAGAAGGCAUCAGCGCAGGCAAGGAAGAAGCCAUCGGCGAAGCAACAUGCUGCUGCUCAAGAGGAGGAAGAUGGUGAUUUGAUGGCAGAGGCUGAGGAGGAGGUGGCGCCAUGGCAAGGGGAUGAGGAAGACGGCAAGGGUCCGUUGCCGCAGCGGAAGAGCAAGAGGGUUGCCGCAUUGUCAGGCAGCAUUUGCCCACCUGAUCCCAAGAGGGCCAAGAUUGUGGAUGCGCAGAAGCCCGGGUUCGGGCGCAAGUGGAAUGGCAAUGACGAGAUCAUGAUCCUAGAGGCUCUUGUUGAUCAAAUCCGCAGUGGUGGAAAUGUGCCGCAGGAGCCGGGCCACCCCUUGUUCCAUGAACUCGUGCAGCGCCUGGAGGGCCGCACCUUCAACCACAGUGAUGUGAGGGAUAAGGUGCGCAGUCUCAAGCGUCGGUACAACGAUGUUGUCUUGUCGGGCCUUGCUAUUACCAAGGAUCAUGACCUUCAGCUUCAUGAGCUCUCCUGUGAGAUCUGGGGGCGCUCUGUUGCUCAUGCCGGGGACGACAAACAGAGGUGCCUUGCCAGAGACGAGCAGAGCUCCCUUGCCAGGGAUGAGCAGAAGUCUUUCGCCAGGGACGAGGAGAAGUCUUUGGCCAGAGAUGAGCAGAGCUCCCUUGCCAGGGAUGAGCAGAAGUCUUUCGCCAGGGAUGAGAAGUCUUUGGCCAGGGACGAGGAGAAGUCCUUAGCUAGUGAUGAGCAGAGGUCAUUCGAUGAUAUGUGCAAACAGUUUCCAUUGCUCGCAAAGGAAAUUAAGGUGCUCAUGGAGGGACAACCUGCUAUCAUGGAAUUGUUCCCUAGGUUGGACGGCGACCAAGUUGUCGCAAUUGAGAAAAAGUUGGAGAACCUGAGGUGGAUUGAUAUGAAGAGGAAGAAAAAGAUGGCAGUUAAGAUGGCCAAGAUUAGAAAGGGACUAAUUUACAAGCUCGAAGGAGCUGCGAUCCUAGCUGAUGGUAAUAUGAUCCACUAGUCUCUCCUCGUCAUCUUCGGUUCCAUAGUUAAGUAUCAGUUAGCUCUAUACUCUAUAGGUUAAUUAGUAGUGUCCUUUUGUGAUGGUAAUUAUGUCCUUUUGGUGGUUUGAUAGUGAAUAGAUUGGGCAAGUAUGCAAAAUCCUGCUGACAUUCUAAGUUAAUAUGAUGCUUAUGGAAGAAGCUGUAUGUUGGGAAAGUAACAUCAUCGUUAUGUAGUCUGUUCCCUAUGCUAUGGCAAAAACUUAGUUCCGGCAUUAUAUGUUUCUA